GUCUUGACUCUUGAGUUGUUAUCAAAUUAUUGGGUUUUGGUUUUUAUCGGUUCCAUAAAACCGUACUCAAAAACCAAACAAAUAAAAGUUCGGUUCAAUUGAAACUGAACCGGUCGGUUUUCUCUGCCUCUCCGGAGAUGGCUGCCAAACGAGCAGCGGGCCCACACAAAGAGGUAAAAGUACACAUCAGAUUUGCACACUUGUCAUGUUUGGGACACGUGUUUAUGCGUAGUUGGUGGGCAUCCUGCUUUUCUUUCUUGCCAACACCUUGCUCUGAACAGAAAGAAGAGAAAAGAAAGGAUGAGCGAUCCGAAGCGAAAAUUUCGGUUAGCGCAGAGAGACAACUUCUUCGACUCUGAAAAGGAAAGACCCAAAGAGAGAGAGAGCUUCCAAAGCUCAUCUUUGGUUAGGCUUUUUGACCUGGUUGGUUUUUCUCUUCCCUCUCCUCCUCUAGGGGUUUAAUCUCAUCAGUCUCAUCUCUCCGGUCAUUCAAAGCAAGGAACUUUCGCCGGAAUUUGCUAGAUCUCUUCGGGAAAUUCUCUGCCAGAUUACUACUCUCAGUUUCCAUUUUUAUCGUCUCCAUUUGCAGAUAUGGUUUGUUCUUUGGUCGAACGAGCGACGAGUGAUAUGCUGAUCGGUCCCGACUGGGCUAUGAACAUUGAGAUCUGUGACAUUCUGAAUCACGAUCCUGGGCAAGCAAAGGAUGUUGUCAAAGGAAUUAAAAAGCGUCUUGGGAGUAAGAAUCCAAAGGUCCAGCUCCUUGCCCUCACACUGUUAGAGACGGUAAUAAAGAAUUGUGGAGACAUCGUCCAUAUGCAUGUUGCCGAGAGAGAUAUUCUUCAUGAGAUGGUGAAGAUAGUUAAAAAAAAGCCUGACUUUCAUGUCAAGGAGAAGAUACUGACCCUAAUAGAUACCUGGCAAGAAGCUUUUGGAGGACCAAGAGCUAGAUAUUCUCAAUAUUAUGCCGCAUAUCAGGAGUUGUUGCGUGCUGGAGCAGUAUUUCCUCAGAGAUCUGAGAGGUCUGCGCCCAUAUUUACACCUCCACAAACACAGCCUCUGUCUUCAUAUACUCGUAAUAAUGAUUACCAGCAGGAGGUAGCUGAGUCUUCAGCAGACUCUGAUUCUCCAGCCUUGAGCCUGACAGAAAUUCAGAAUGCUCGGGGUAUUAUGGAUGUCCUUACAGAAAUGCUAAAUGCUGUGGAUCCAGGGAAUAAGGAGGGGCUUAGGCAGGAGGUAAUAGUUGACCUGGUUCAACAGUGCCGCACGUACAAGCGGAGAGUGGUCCACCUAGUUAACACAACUUCGUGAAUCACCCAAUUUGAAUCGGAAUCAGACGCACACGAUCUUGAUUAGCAACGAUUCAUGACCCCUGGGUGGAUUGGGCAAUCUAAUCCAGAACUAUCAGAGUUAGCCGAUUCAGUCAAUUCCUCAGCAACUCUCUACCGGUAUUUCUAACCAUUUUCCUGGCUUUUUGGGCUCUACAACUAAUGCCUGCCUAUCUUCCCUGACCCUGUCAUGCCAUUUCUCGGUGUCAGAUAACUAUUGUAUAGUCAUCGAACCACUCUUAUUCUUCCUCUGAAAUGGUAUAACCAUCUUAGCUGCUGCCCCAGAAGAUCCAUUCAAUGGAUUUUACAGAUUUUUCAUUGGGCGUGCAUGCUGAUGGAAAUGAUAUAGCUAGAAGCUUUACUGGCUGUAACUGCUUAGCUGUUGCGACUUGCCUGAGAUGGAGCUUCAACCUCAGCUAGCUCUGCAGAAGCUCAAUCUAGGAAAUGGGAGGAAUCCUUACGCAGCAGAGUGUUGUGAUUCCGUGAUGAGUAUCUUUGAAGUAGAGUUGUAAAAGGCGGGUGAUUCUGGAAAUAGGUGGCCGGGGGCAGAGAAACACUGCUGGAAAUACGAUUCAAGAUGGAUGCUGAGUUUAGGGAUGGAAACCUCAAUGGACCUCUCUUAAACCAUAAACAGGAACAACAGCAGAGAGUAGUGGUGAGCCUUCUCCCCUCUCCCUUUUGCAUCAGACCACGACCGUGACGGAGAACGAGAGUAGCAACAGGGAGCUGUAAACCUCUCUCUCUCUCUCUCUGUCUCUGUCUCUCAUCAAACAUAUACAGUUGGCGGAGGACUGUAGCAUUGACGUCAAACAGUGGUAAGCUCUCCUCGCCGCCUUGUCUCUCUUAUUCUCUUUCAUGAUAAAAACCUCUCUGUUGGAUAUCUAAAGGGUUUGGAAUAGGAUUGAAAACGUGCC